AUGGCAACCUUAGCCGGAGAACCAGCCUUCGUCGCCAAUGACACAGAGCCUUGUCACCCGGCUAAGCGGGUUAAACUCGACCCAGAGGCCUCUGAGACAGAUCGUGAGCGGCCAGAGGACACCGACGUGAGUGAGGACGAAAAUUGGGACUCAGAUCCGCCCACCUCGCCUGAAUACAAGAUUUAUAGUGGCAGUGAUGACAGCGACUCUUCUUCCUCGUCAUGCGUGCAGCAUGCGAAGAAAGCUUCCUUGCAUCCCUCGGCCAAGAACGGCUGCUCGCUGAAGUCCAAAGUCAAAAAGACCAGGAGGAGAAGGAAAUCAGACUCGGAUAGGUCAAUGUCUGAGCCAAGUGACCUCGACUACGAGAGCGAGGAAGAGUACUUUGUCCCAAGAGGAGAGCGCGAUGAUAUACUUAACAAUAGGCUGACCCGAGAAAGGGCAAGGCGCCUACUUGACGCAGUGGAACUCCCUCAAGGCCACGACCUAUCACCAGACGAACAGCAGACUGCCCAUCAACUUCUUACUCGUGGCUGCAUGCCAACAAUCCACAGACACUGGGAAAAAGAUUUCUCUACCCUUCCAGAGUCACUGUUCUUUUCUGAGGUAGAUGAUGAAACCAAGUUUAACGAAUCUAACUUUGUCCUUGGGAACGAUAACAGUUCCGAAUUUUAUGCGAUUCGUGCCUUUCAAGAGCUUUUAAAGAUAUGUGGCAAUGUCAGGGACUACUGCAACAUCCUUGAUAUCAGUCCUGAAAUCUAUAUCAAGAAAUCAAUAGAGAAAUACCUGCGCUGGGCAUUGAGCGACGCCGGUGUCAGAGUCAAGCCGGACACAACCCCUGUGUACGUUAUCUAUUGCAAGCGUGAUGACGAAAUAUCAAAAGAAGCCUUUGACAAAGUUGCCGCAACAUUAAAGAAGCUAUCCGAUACUUGGCAGAGUCAACUCGCCGCACCCCCCGGCGAAAAAUUCUGGCCGGCGUUGAUCGGGCUCGUCCUUUGCGGACCUGUUCUUUCUGUCAUCUCUCUGGACACCAAUCCCCAUCCGCAAACCCUAACACAUGGACUCAAGUUUCUUGGUCAUUUCGAUCUUGCAGAUUUUGAUAAUGAUGUCUGGAACACCCUAGCUGUCGCGAUCCUGGUCAUGCACAUCAAAAGGACCGUGGCCAAGCUUGCCAAAGCCUACGAUCACAAGUUUGUGGUCUCGAUCUUUGAUGAUCCUGCUAUAGAUUCUUUGGACCCCGAUCGUUGA